AUGGACAAGGCGAACACUAGUAGAAUUCCUACGGCCGAUCGUUCAGGCGAGAUUGGACCAGACGAGUCUUCAAGUCUAAGUGAUGUAGUAGUGAAAUCCUCAGCUCUAGACUUUGACACAGCAAGUUCAUCAGAGGAAGACAUUCUGAAAUGGCUAAGGCAGAAUCAUGCGCGUAAAUACAUGGAUAAGGUUACGACUGAGAAAGAUUGCAAAAGGUACGGGAUUGUACACCCAAAGCUUAAGCAAUAUAUAUUUCACGUGUAUCACGAAUGCAAUGACUGCGAAAUUAAACGAAUCAAGCACUACGGGUAUGCACCAUUGCGAAGCGUAUCAGAAGACGAGCCGUGGCGCAGGGUUAUCAUUGAUUUGGUCGAGCUACCCAUGUCCGCAAACGCGAAAGAUAAGAGACGUCAUGGCGAAACUUUUACUCGUUGCGAGAUCAUGCCACACAAGAUGGGUGUACCUUAUAAGCCUCAGACACAAGGUGCGAAUGAAGUACGACACAGAAAAAUGAAGGUGUCCAUGUGUGGAGCGUUGCUAGAUGAUGCUGACAUGUGGCCUUACUCAAUUAACUGGGUACAGACACAAAUGAACAGGACACCGGAUUCAGUCACUGGUACAUCACAUUAUAGUGAACUACAACGGUAUAGUGUACUACAAGUACCUUUCAGCAAGAAUUCUCAGGACGACCAUGUGUUACCAUAG